GUUUCUUAAAUGCGAUAUUGGCAUAUUGCCAAACCUCUCAGUCUGUCACAGUCUCUCACAUCACCAGCCUCCAAACUUCCCUCUAACUGUAUAUUUCUAUCUUCUCCAAUUUGUUCUUCUCUCUUUUGCUAUUCUUCUCUGUAACAAUUUAGAUGGGCAUGAAUAAUAACAACAAUAAUUCAACACCCACCAUUUUUAUUUUCUUUGCUUUCUCCAUUUUUCUUCAACUUCAAUUUUACCCAGUUAAGGCUCUCUCAGGAUGCCCCUUGGACUUAAAUGGAGCCAAUUUUACUAUCGUGGCUUCCAUCUGUUCAAUUCCCGAGGCUCGGGGAAAAUGUUGUCGCCACAUCAAUGCAUAUGUUGCACUCUCAGCUGCCCGUUAUGCAAAUGCAACAAGUAAUCUCGGAGUCAGUUCGGAUCUUUCUGAUUUCUGUCUCCGUUCAAUGUCACAAACUUUAGAACUCUAUGGGGUGCCGGCAAAUGCAACAACCUUUUGUAGAUUCGGCACCAAAAUUCCUAUUAAUUAUGAGUGUAAGAGUAGAACCAGUGUUGCACAAAUGCUGGAGUCUCCUGGUUUUGCUGAUGUAGCUGAAAGUUGCCAACUUGCUCUUUCAGGAGAUAGUGGGUGUAGGAGAUGUAUCAAUGCUAGCAUUACAUAUCUUCGUCAGAAAAUAGUUGCUGUAGAUAAUAUUACACUUAUCACUUGUCGAGAUGCUCUUUUUGUUACCCUUGUCAGUCAAUUAGACAAUGCUUCUACUGUUCGAUUUGCCAGCUGUUUCUUUGGAGUUCCAAGCCUUAGAUCAUUAGUCCCCGAGGUAUCAUCACCUCCUUUAUCUUCCAGGACAUCUCCAAGUUCAGUCGUUGCUACAAGCCCGAGUCAUCCCUCAUUGGGCAUAACAGGCACACCUCCAAAUGAUAAGCAUCACCCUUAUCAACUUAAAGCUAUAACAGGUGUUGGGAUUGGCGUCACUGUAAUUUCUUUCACGCUUCUUCUAGUCUUGGUAUUUCUGAUCCACAAGAAGAGUAAAGAGCUUGAUGACUCUGAAACUGGCUUUACAAAUACAACAUUCGGAGCUCCUUUUGGACGAUCUGGACGCAAGACUCAAGAUGGGCCUUCUUCCACGUUUCGGGAAUUCAGCUACAAGGAGACAAGGAAGGCAACUAACAACUUCAGUACAAUCAUUGGACAAGGUGGAUUCGGAACAGUAUACAAAGGCGAAUUCAAUGGUGGUUUGAUAGCUGCAGUGAAGCAAAUGAAUAAAGUAUCCGAGCAAGCGGAAGACGAUUUUUGUAAAGAAAUUGAGCUUCUGGCUAGAUUACAUCAUCGCCAUCUCGUAGCUCUUCGAGGUUUUUGCAUUCACAAGCAAGAAAGGUUUUUGAUAUACGAAUAUAUGCAACAUGGAAGCUUGAAGGAUCAUCUUCACACUCCGGACAAAAGGCCGCUUUGUUGGCAGACAAGAAUCCAGAUUGCGAUUGAUGUAGCGAAUGCUCUGGAAUACCUGCAUUUCUAUUGUGAUCCUCCUCUUUGUCAUAGAGACAUAAAGUCCGGCAACAUUUUAUUAGAUGAAAAUUUCGUGGCCAAGGUUUCCGAUUUUGGUCUUGCAUAUGCUGCUAAAGAUGGCUCUAUUUGCUUUGAGCCAAUAAAUACCGAAGUUCGGGGAACUCCAGGUUACAUGGAUCCAGAGUAUGUAAUCACACGAGAACUUACAGAGAAGAGUGAUGUUUAUAGUUACGGGGUGGUGCUGCUGGAAUUAGUGACGGGAAGACAAGUUGUACAAGAUAACCAAAAUCUAGUCGAGUGGGCCAAAGUUUUUCUUUCUUCCGAAUCCAAACUUUCACAGCUUGUAGACUCCAAAAUUGGAGAGUUUUUCGAUUAUGAUCAGCUCCAAACCAUUAUGACAAUCAUAAAAUGGUGCACCCAUCCAGAGUCCCGAGGUAGACCUUCUAUCAAGCAAGUUCUUAGGCUUCUUUACGAGAGUUCUGAUCCAUUGCAUAGUGGUUUCAUUCGAGCAAUUCAAGAUGAAGAGUACGAAGAGACUCAAGGGAAAAGACAAAACAAAGGGAAGGCGCAAAGAAAUGAUUUGCUUUUCCAUAGUGGUGAAGGAAGGUAUCUUGCAUCUUCGUCGAGUACAAAUAGGUCAUAUUGUAGUAGAAGCUUUCUACUUGAAAACGGAUCUCCCCAGUCCCCGCCAAACAUUCUUUCGCUUUAAACCAAGAAACGGUUAAUUUUUUGUGUGAGAUGAUGAUUUUGUAUUUGUUGCGAGCUAUGAUUCGUUUCCUGCUAACCGAGUUUUGGAGAUGGUAACUCCUGCAUUGUAUUUGUAUUUGUAAUGUAUUAGGUUAACCGUACAAUUUAUGUACAAUACUGGUAAUUGGAUGAAGUAUUUUGGAAGCAAUAAGAAAUUAUUUUGAUUGGUGUCAA